GUAUUCUUAGCGUUACAUUUCCUCCCCCUCUCCAGCUUUACCGUCUUAAUGUUUUCUUUUUAUUUGAUUUGUUUUUUUACCUAAAGUUACAGCUCAGUUUUGCUCUAAUAAUGAAUGAUCUUGCUUCCAGGGAUGCCUACAUUCAACAACUUACUAGUAAAAUCUGUUCUCGACCAAAUCAAGAACCAACUCGUUAUAAAGAUGGAGGUGACGCUGGUCCUCCCAAGAAAAACAAACAAAACAAAAAGCUAAGAGGAAAGGGCAAUAAUGACAAGGUGCAUACCCCUAAACCCAACCAGAAGCCCCCGCCCCGUUCGACAGCACUGAAAGGUACAGGUGCAUCAGAACCAGGUGGGCCUAAACCUAAGAUCCUUAAUGGAGCAUCAGCAGCAAAAGGAAAACGACCCAAAGGUGGAAAUGUUGACUCCAGCUUUUCCACAAUAAAUGUUCUACGCAACAGACUUCAUGAAAAGAUUGAGGCAUCUAGAGGGCAGGGAACCCUGAAGGACCCAUCAUCGGAGGCUGUUCAGGCAAAGCGGGCAAAACGAAAGCUUGAAAGGGAGCGCAAAAAGAGGAAGAGGAAAGAAUUAUUGAUGAAAAAGCUGGCAGAGAAAGCUGGCAAAGAAGAAAUGCCGGAGAUCAAACAAGAAGAGCCUGUUCAUUCUGCAGUUGCAGGUGCAGGCAAGAGAAAUGAGGUAGCCAUCAUUUUCAACAAGCUGGAGAUGGUGGAGGAGCGCUAUGUAGACAAAAAGGAGAAAAAAAAGAACAAGAAAAAGACUGUGAAGGGCAAUUUAACACCACUGACGGGCAAGAACUACAAGCAGUUGCUUAGUCGUGUGGAGGCACGCAAAGCUAAGUUGGAAAAGCUGAGGGAGACAGAUGAGGGCAAAGCUCAGGAGAUGGAGGAGAAAAUGAAGUGGACCAAUGUCCUAUACAAAGCUGAGGGCCUUAAGAUCAAAGAUAAUGAGGACAUGCUGCGUGCCUCACUAAAGAAGAAGGAGAAGAUGCAUUCUCAGAAAAAAAAGGCCUGGGAAAACCGAAGCCAGAAAGUUGUCGAGAAGAUGCAGAAACGACAAGACAAGCGGCGAAGGAAUAUCCAGAAAAGCAAUAGGGGCAAAAUUGAAAAGAAGAAGGACAGGGCGCGGAAGAAGGGCAGAGUUCUGCCUGGGGACUUGGAGAAGGCAGCAGGGUAGACUAGGAGAGAAAGGGGGCGGUGUUUUUUUUUUUUUACUGUGGCCAACCUGGCAAGAUAUGAGCAAUUUUGACCUUUGCCCUUUGACUUGAGUCUUGGGCAGGGUGAAAAAUAUCUGAAAAUGAUAUGGCUGUCUUGUUUUUGACUCGUUAAUCUAAGACAGAGUUAAAAAAUAUCAGUGUUCUGGUCAGUAAAACGGUAACUAAUUCUAAAAUAUAUUGAUAAUUUUCAUUGAGGAUUUUCCACUAGUUUGAUUAUGUUAACCGCCUGGAACUUCUGAAUUUCACUGUGAUGCCUAAUGUAUUAAAUUUCUACAUCAGUUGUCAGAUUUGUUAGUGAAUUUGUCUUAUGCUGCUAUUGAGCUUUGCAGUUUGUCUUA